UUCCAUUUUUGUUUAAUCCCACUGAUUUCUGAGGGGAUUAUCAGACCAGGCACGAUGGAGAGACCGCUGACUCGCCUGACACCGCUCGGAGCUACGUAGAGCGACAGAGAAAGAGGGAGAGUGAAAACAUAACCUCAAAAUCUGGAGAAACAUUUGGAAAUCUUGUUAUUAUCAUUGUUAUUCCAUCCACGGGGACGUCGCUUGUCUCCCCUGUUGGUGACGCGAGGAUGCGCGCUGCAAUAACUGCACGCUUGGCGCAGCUUUUUAUUAUGGAGGGCAACUUUAAUUUGUGCGGUUGCCCCAGAAUUUAUGGCAACUUUCUCGUGACCAUCGACGCUGGGAUUGCAUGUCAAAAUACGCCGUCUUCAGCAAAAGUGCAGAAUCUCUUUGGAAUUUCUUGUGCAUGACUAGCCAAUGGAGGAAGAGAAAGCCGCUGAUAAUAUCCAAUCAAAAUCUGGUUCCCCUUUGCCCACUGGGCUUCCCAUAAACUGGGGACUCAUUACGGGUCCUGUUCCUGAGCCUGUUUUCCCAGCACCCACCACCACUUUGAAUGCUUCUCUUCCUCCCCCUGCUCAAAGUUCAGCUGUCCACGCCCUGCAGACCAAGGUGAAGACAAUCACGCAGAGAAGAACAAGGGGAAGAGACAGGGAGAAAGACAGAGGAAGAUUUGACACGGAGGUGUUGGUGAGCAACCCAGCGGGACACAUUUCAUCUGAAGUCCACCUUAGACAGAGACCCAAAGGCCAGCUGUUUCUGCCUGCUCCCUCCUGGCGAUCAGGUGGUGCAAAGGACUUAAGCAGCAGUGAUGAAGAGGAGGAGGUAGAGGUACAAGUCAGGCUGGAGAUUCACAGUCCUCCUGCUGAAGCACAAGUUGUACAGCAGGGGGAGGAAGUGGAAGAGGAGCAGUCAGAAAACAAUGAUGGACAGGUCAGUCAUCCAACGGGUCAGCCUUGUGGGCUUGGAGAGGGCACCAGUCUGGAGAGUCUUCAGUCUGACAACCCAAGCACUAGCAAGGAUGGCCCAUCCCCUUCCCCUCCUCCUCGUCCACCACCACCUGUGCUCUCCUCCAACAUCUCUGCUUCCACAGCAUCGUCCUUUACUUCCUCCACUUCUUCUCCUUCAGCAAGACACUGGGCCCCUCCAAAGGGCUUCUGGAGAGUAGCACGCCCAGAAACGUUGGUUCUCAAUGGGGUUGACCCUCACAAUACACCCCCCACAUUACCACUAAAGGACUACACUCGGACAGAGGCACUAGCAGAGCCUCAGAGGAAGCCUAAACUGGCUGAAGCAGGCAACAAGAAUGAUGUGGGAGGUCUGGCGAAUGACUAUGAUGUGUCUUCUGAAAUCCAAAACUCUGAUAGUGUGGAGUGGUACCUGGACAAGUAUGAGCAAAGGGAGACAGAUGUGACUGAUCCCAAUAAAGGACUGUGCAGUUCAGACAGCUCAGAGAGCAUGUCUUCACAAAGUGGAAUCCUUUGCGCUGAUGAUAAACUGAGGGUGAAGGAGAGGGCCUAUGCAAAGUUAAGGGAAAGACAACAACACUACAGGGAAGUUAGAGAACUGCAAGAAGGAGAAAUCACUGGCUAUUAUGAAGAAACAACGUACAGAGUGGAUUAUAAUGUUGCAGGUGCCCAUCCUGUUUUGGACUCCUCAGACUCAGCCAUUCUGGCCCAGGAACUUGAACCCUAUUUAAGGUCACUUCUUGUAAUCAGCGAUGAACUACCUCUAAGCCCAAGACACGAGCAGGCCAAGCUUCUUCUGGAGCGAGCAAGACUCAAGGCUCGCUCCAAUCACAUCAAAGGCGAUCGCCCCAGACGCUCCCAUUCUGAUCAAAGAUCCACCGUGAGGAAACAGCAAGUUGAAUCUCCCAGUCCAACAACAGCACAAAAAGCUGUUCAAACCAAAGAAGAGCUCCCAGCUCAAGUCUCAUCUGGUCCCCUCCUUGUCCCCAGUCAGAGAGACACUUCACCCAGCGACCAAGUAGGUCGAACCAGAAGGUACGGUUGCUCACCCACCCGUGUACGCUUUGAGGAUGAAUCAGAAAAAGAAGCAGAGUCUCGCUAUUUGGACAGAGUGAGACAGCGUGGCAGGCCCGGGACGCCCAGGUUCAAGAGUAAAGACAGCAAUAUAGAUUCCAGCAGCAGCGGUUCAGAGAGGAACAGAAACCACAGAAGUGUUUCUAUGCCUCCUAUACAGAAGCAAGAGGAUGAGCCUGCUGUUGGUGAAACUACAACAGUGGUUAAAGAGAUAAUAGUGCUGGUGAAGAAAUGUGAAUCAUGUGGUUCUGUGGUGAGGGAACCUCAGCCAGUUUCAUCGCCACCAGAUUCAAAGCACGCUGAGCCUCAGCAGCCUGGUAACCCUGAGGACCCAAGAGGAAAAGUGUCUCCUCGCUGGGUGUCACCAAACAAAGCGGAGGCUAGCACUCGUCCUAAAGCUCCUCUUACUGUCACCUUCGCUGGCGCUUAUGUUUUGGGGGAAAAUAGAGAAAUUAGUACAGGAUGGAAGUCAUCAGGGUUUGGGAAACUUAGGAGAAGGAGCAGGAAAGGAGAAAGUCGGUUAGAGUCUGGUCAUGGCCCUUAUGGCCCGUCGUGGGCUCAGCGGCGUAACUCAAAUCCACGUAACAGAGUCAACCUGAGCAGAGCUGUUUCAUUUGCACCUGGUAGCCCCAUUUCUCUGGAGCCACGUUUGCUUGAAGCAUCUGGUGGACUAAGGGAGUCACCAACCCCUGCAUUGCCUAUCAAGUCAGCUCUCAAGUCAAGCUCAAGAAAUCGCUCUGCUGCUGGUCAGUCCACGGUUCAGUUCCAGAUGACCUCAAAUCAGGGAGGAGAGGGUGGAGCUCAAUCUCUGCUGGAUUCUCCAGACACAAGGAGGGAGUCUCCAGCAUCUUUAACCCCAGGGGUGCCUGCUGGUAGCAGCCCAGUGUCCUGCAUCAGACCCUCUACUCUGAGGUACUCCCCGGCCAGGCUAGCCACAGACCUGCCAGCCUCUGAACUCUGGGAUGCCACUCCAGAUGGUGCAGGCUUAAGUGGGGAUUCUGGUUCUGGUUCAGAGUGCCGUGCAAUACGUGGCCUGGGUAUGUCUCGGGCUGAGGACCUCAGAGCAGAGCUAUUGAGGGCUGAACAUCUGAAAGCUGAGGCCCUGUGGGAGGAAAACUGUGAUGGGUCUAGAAAGCUGGAUGGGCGACCAAAGCUCUUCCUACGUCGCUUCUUUUCCUCCAUUGGCCUGAACAGUGUCGGUAGGCUUGUGAAAGGAGGUCGCUCCAGUAGUAUGGAACAGCUCAGUAUACCCACUGCCCCCCGGGCGAGCUCAGCAUCACCAAGCCCAACACGGAGACCGCAGCCCACUAUCCGCAUACAGAGGACACCCUCCCUGCAGACGCUGAAUACGGUGCUGCCACUGGCCCAGCUGCGUAAAGCCUCCUCUGUGCAGAGUUUAGAGAGAAGAACAGAGCGUUCAACCAUACUUGGGGAGGUGCAAAUACCAUACGGCCUGGCACUCAGCCCUGACAGCCCUCAGCUUGAGCUUCACAGGGCCUUGAGCGUUGAAGAUGUACUUCCCUCUAGAAUCGCACGUCCGGUGGGCCGGGUCACUCAGGCUUUCCCUGAUGGGAGUAUUGUCCUGGAGCUCAUCAAACCCCCAAACGGUCCUUAUGGUUUUGUUAUUUCAAGGGGCAAAGGUCGACCAGACACAGGUGUAUAUGUUGAAAAAGUGGGUGAUGGCAGCGGAGAAGGCCCGUACGUAGGCCUCCUUGGCAUCGGUGAUGAAAUUCUGCAGGUGAAUGGAGAAGCAGUGGCCGGACUCACUUUAGACCAGGUGACGCGCCUCAUGACCAGGGAAAGCACUGCUUCCCUUCGAAUCAUGCCCGCCCGACGCAAUCAGCGCUGAUUGACAGGACAGGCAUGGCACACAGCCACUUCUCCUGGAGACACGCAGAGUAACUGACUGCUACAAACACUGCGGACUGACUGCAACAAAUGGUAGACGUGCUGUAGUCAGUGCAGCACACUUGCAAAUGCGUAGGUGGAAAAACAGGGUGAGGGCUUCUUUUCUCAUAGUGCAAAUCAACGUUAAAUUAUGUGACAUCACAAAGGAUUGCAAUAGAAACAAAAGCACAUUACAUACAAAUCCAACCGUACACAGAUUAGGCAAGUUAGAAAAAUUUAAUGUAUUUUACAAUUUCAAUUUGUAAAAUGAUUUCUUUUCUUCUUCUUUUUUAGUUGUCGUGAAUUUUUCUUGUGAUUCAUUUCGCUCUUUAUGUCACACAGAGCAUGAGAUCUCAAAUGGUUAGUGAUUGGAAUUGUAUUUUGUCACUUAUUUGAAAUUGUAUACAGAUAUAUAUUUUUUAAGUACUGUUGCUUAUUUAUUUAUUUAUUGGUCAAAUAAUUGAUUAUCUGUAGGGGUGUGGCACAUGCUUGAUCAAUAGACCCUUGAACUGGUGUGUAAAGAAAGAAAAAAAAUUAUCUCAUUUUGGGUUUGUUUUUUUUCUUCAGGACAUCAUAUUUCCCUGGGGCUCUGUAUGGUCUCUUCCUUUUGCUUGUGUUGUAUCAAGUACUCUUUUAUGAACCGGGUGCCGUUUUGCUUCUAAAUAAAAUGAUAUAGAGAUUUA